CAUCCACAUGUGUCACAGAACUUUAUUUUUAUAAAUAAUUUGUGCUUUUUUUCGUGCAAAUAAAUUAAACAAAGCACAACCAACAACAUGUCAUUAAAUCCAUUAAACGAAUUAAAACGUCACCUGGACAACAGUGCAACCCCAUUACCCAAACGAAUUUGCUUAGCCAAAAAUCUGAUUCAAUCCCAUCACUUCCCGUCAGCGCCGAAAGAAAGAGUUGUAGGAACUUGGCUACAUACCUUAACAGUUAAAAAUGAACUACCGAGAGAUGAGCUACGUAACGUUUUAGAAUGGGUCAAUGUUUCUGAUCAUUUAACAAGUGAAAUGAAGAGUAUUUUAAUACAGAUUCUCUCACAAUACAUACAAAGUAAUCCGAUUGGAAAUAAUGACAUACCCUUCAUCCUGCAAUUCUUAGGGAACAUAAGAAUUACUCCACAGUUAAAUCAACACAUUGAUGAAUAUUUAAAAAUAUCCAUUACCGUGCUGCUAUGUUUGAAACAUGAGGAACAAUUAAAUGUCACAUUCGUAAAACAAUUAAUAAGUAAUAUAAUAAAAUAUUACAAGGAAUGCAAAAAAAAAAUAGAAUUUAUCAUAAAAUUUAUAUCGGAAGAUCAUUUGGAGACCCUCUUCAGUUUCCUAGGUACGGAAUGCUCUAGCGACAUUAUUGAACUGUGCCAGAACGUAAUGUUUCCAAUUACUAGAAAAUCAUCCUACAUCAGCUACUUACAAACUUUGAUCAGAAAGGACAACAUCAAUGAAUUAAUGCUGGAAAAAGGUGAUAAUAUUCAAUCUGUAUUGAAAAUUAUGAGUGCUUUAUUUGAUGUUACUAAAGGUGAGAAAGAUGAUAAGUUCAUAAGGGACUUUAUUGAAGUUUUUAUCAGCUGUUUUCAUAGUGAGAGCCAAGUUGUGUUUGCUUUUUGCAUUAUGAUAGUAAACUUCCUGGGUAUGCCUCAAGAUUUCAUAAAACCAGCUAUGAGUUUGGAAACAGUAAAAUUUGAAGGGAACGCUGAUAAGAUCAGAAGAAACCUCUUCUUGAACAUCUUGGAGAUAUUACUACUAAACGAAGUAGACAUAAGUAUUCGUUUGACUGACACAUUUGGUGAAAAAAUUAGCAAAGUUGAAAUUAAGAAGAACUUCAUGUCUUUCCUUCAAGCGGUUAUGAUGGGGCAGUUGAAAUUAGAUGGAAAACCAGAUAAAGCGACCAUGAAUAUAAUAAAGACUGCCUUAAAAUUGGAUCCCACGUUGAUUGAGCAAAAGCUGACUGUAAUUUUACCACCGAUCAUGACAGCUAAAAAACAUAACGCUUACAAAUGUUACGUUGAUAUGUUGAGUUGCUUAAUGGAGAUGCUUUUUAAAUUGAGCCGCGGCAUACCGUUUUUGAGUCAAAUCCUACCGUAUAUCAAAAAUAAUUUGGAGGAUAGCAACACUGAACAAUUUGAGUUAAAACAAAGCGUCACAGCCUGCUUAGAAAAUGGAACAGAUUGUGAGAAUGUAAUGAAGAAAAUUAUAAACGGAAAUGAUAUUUUUCCUGAGGAAUGUGUUGAAAAUUAUGGAAAAUACACUUCAGAGCUGAUGUUCAGACAAAAUAAGGAAGUCUUGGAGUUACUGCAAAAAGAUUUUGAAGAACAUUGUCUGAUGAUGCUCGAAGAAGGAUUUGUUAGUCCAUCAAUAAUAACAAUAGCGGAAGUUUUGGCUGCCAUCUUGUCUUCGUUUUUGCGAUAUAACAAAAUGGCGGAUCACACAGUUCCGUUUCAGAUAUCGGAAGACUUUUGGAACGCUUUCGAGAAAUUUGAGAGGGAAUGCUUGAAGCGAUUCGGUGAAUGCACAUUGAAGCUUAGUUAUAAUCCACCAUUAGUGUUAUCAUUUCUGAAGCUGUGCGUGGGCUUCGCGCAAUUAAAACUUCUCAAUAUCAAGUACAGUAACUACAAGCUGAAAAUUGAAACCUCGACCAGUGAAACGUUCGAUAUGAGUUCGAUUUUGCCCUGUCUCAAUAGCGCGCAAUGGAUAGAUUUAAUGUCGAAAAUCAAAGAUGAAGAAACCUGUGUUUUGAAUGAGCUGCUAACAGUGAAAUCAAUGGCAUUAGAACUUUUAGACAAUAAAGAAGAUACGGUACCAAUCAAAAGUUAUCUCGUCAGUGAGUUCGCACGGAAAAUCGAUAAUAUGUUAAACGAUCAAACCGUAUUGCAAGUUCUUUGUUACGAUCUAACAAAGUCCCAGUACAAGCAGAUAGCUAAGACCCUAGUCCAAUGCUACUCUAGCAACAGCGAUGCAAAGCUAUUCAAUGACGUCACCAUUUCAAACAACAGGGCUCUAUUAAAUUAUUUAACACUAGAAACGGUGAAACAGAUAGCGAAAUGUUUCGAUAACGCCGACUCGUUAGCUAAAGCUAUAGGCAAAAUCGAUUUCACGAAAUCGUUUUGUAAAAAAAUCGAUAUGAAGGAAUACUUUUUGAACAUCACAAUAUCGACGGAAAACUUUGAUACCAUAAAAAACUAUAUAGAAUUGUUGAAAAAUUUGCAAGUCCCGUAUUUGGAUGAGAACUACCAGUUGGCGGUUAUUUUCGUGUUACUGGCAACAAAGAAGAAUGGCGGGAAAAAAUUGAGACGCAACGCGGAUUGCCUGAUUCAGAGCAUCUUCGAAUUGGGCUUUCAACCUCCAGAUCUAUACAAAAUAUUUCCUGUUGACUUUGUCUUCUCAUUUGAAGACGGAAUCAUGAUCGAUUUAUUAACACUAACAAAUAAAACAUCGAACAAUCUUUUAGUAAUAAAAAACAUACUGGCGUCUUCCGUGAAGAGAGUUAAGGCGAACAGCGAAAUUGUUAAGAAAUUAGUAGAACUAAUAAUAAAUAAGGAAAAUAAAGCUUUGAACAGUAUUGAGGGCUUCAGAGAGCCGGCUUUUCAAAUAAGCUGCAUUAUAUUGCCUUUGAUCGCGAAACAGAAAAAAGCGUUGACAGCGAGCGCCCACAGAUCCAUAUUGGCCGAUCUACAGGACAAAUUGCAUAGAGAACUUUUAAAAGCUUUCAAGAAUAUAGAUUUCGUGAAUGGUAGUUUCGUAAAAAAUAUUUCUGGCAACCCCGAAAAUAGUUUGGUAGAAAGUAAUGCGGCAACACUGAAUGCAAUGGCGGCUUACACGUUGACUCUCUCGAAAUAUUGUGAAGCCACGAAACCGGAUGAAGCUAAUGAAAUGGAAUGUGUCUUAAAGGGACUCGAAUUUUUUGUUGAAACUUCUACCCGCACUAUAGAAGAAGCGACAUCCGAAUCUCAACAGAUCGAAUCCUCUCUUGGCCUAUUGAACGUAAUGCUAAGGCACAUCAAGAAACUCGAUACUCACGAAAUCUUCAAAGAAAAAGACAAAUUGUUCUCGAGAAUAUGGCGCAGCCUCAAAACUAGGCUCUCGAUAGUAUUCUCCGGGAAAGUGAGCGCUAGUUGCCUGGACGACGGGUCGGCAACACUGAGGUCCGUGUGCGAGUCGAUGUCGGUCGAGUGCUUCGUCGCCAACGUCGCCGAGGAACUGAUGAACUUGUCGCUUCUGAAGAAACCGGCGAUUAUGCUUAAAGACAAAUCAAACGGUGACUUGACUUCACAUAAAGUAUCCCGAUACAUUUGGGCGCAGUGCUUAAAGGCCAACAUAGUCGGUCCGAAAUGUGCCGCCUUAACGAAGGUAAUAGCUCGCACGUGCAAGAGCCUGAGGUUCUGGUUGCGGCAACACUACGAGUGGGACAGUGUUGCCAGUAAGAAGAGAAAGAAAAUCGAUUUGUACGAUGAGCGGAACGUGAAAAUCGUUAGGAUCGAAGAUAAGAUCUGCGAGAUAAUUAAAAUUAAUAUGGACAAUUUAUCGGAAGUUAUUCUGUCGGCGAAGAAGAUGUCAUUGGACUACAAGUUUCUGGACAGCGUUUUCUCGUUAAUGCACAUCGUCAACGCGAUUAUAUGCCCCAAUAGCACGGAGAUAAAGUACGAAAUAACUUGGCGUUCAUACUUCGGGCUGUUCGAAGGAUGCCUGACGAUUCUUAAUAAUAUGCUGCUGUCGAGAGAAGAGAUGUUAGAGGACAGAUGGCCAAACUAUAUGCAGUGCUACAGAGCUUUAAUAUUGUGUGUCUGUUUGCGUACCACGUCUGAGACCGAACCAGACCGGGACGUCGAGGAGAGACUUGCCCAGACCGCUCACGAUAUUGAAAUGUUAACGCAAUCGAUAACGAAACGGAAGAGGCAAGUGUCGCGUGUGGCGGCGUACGCGGUGGGUGACUUGUGCGCGCUGCUGGAGCGCGGGGCGCCGGCGCGGCCCGUGCGCUCGCACGCCGAGACCUGCGUGGCGCUCCUCACGCGCGCCGCAGACUGCCCGCACGCCGCGCCCUUCCUGCGCCGCGCGUUGGCCGGCUCGCCAGGACACCUCACCGCCGCCAACCUGUACACCAUGUACAAGAGAUACUAUAAAUAUGUCGGCAAUUCAUAG